AUACUCAAGGCAUCUUCCCUUUACACUCUUUACAUUCUAUUCACCUCAGUCUCUCACUUCCUAUUCGCUUCUAAAUUCAUCAUGAAGAUCUUCGCUUUUGCUGCUCUUGCCAGCCUGGCGCAUAUGGCAAGCGCAGUCGGCGUUGUUGGCAAGGCUGAAGGUUUCGCGGCUGGAGUUACUGGAGGCGGCAGCGCCACUCCACAGUAUCCAAAGGACAUCAGUGAGCUGACUACGUGGUUGACCGACUCUACCGCGCGUGUAAUCGUCCUUGACAAGACUUUCGACUACACCACAUCAGAGGGAACAGUCACUGGCACUGCUUGCGCAAGCUGGGGAACUGGAGCCAAGUGCCAACGUAUCUUGUUGGACUCCUGUGAUGCUGGCCAGGUCAAGGAGACCGUUACUUACUACAAAGCUGCGAAGUCGCCCAUCAAGGUUGGUUCCAACAAGACCAUCCUGGGUAUUGGAUCCAAGGGUAUCAUCAAGGGCAAGGGUCUGUCCUUCGCCGGCAAGAACGUCAUUGUCCAGAACAUUCAGGUCAGUGACUUGAACCACAAGUAUGUCUGGGGUGGAGAUGCUCUCUCUUUCGCCGGAGCCGACCUUAUCUGGAUUGACCACGUCACUACUGCUCGUCCCGGCCGUCAGCACUACGUCUUUGGCUACACACCUAGCACCCGCAUCACUCUCUCCAGCAACUUCAUCAACGGCGCCUCCGACUACUCCACCGGCUGCGACGAGUACCACUACUGGGUCUUCGAGAUGGUCGGCACUGGCGACUCCAUCACCAUGAAGCACAACUACAUCACCAAGACCGCUGGCCGUGGCCCUGCCCUCAGCGGAAAGACUCUCCUCCAUGCCGUCAACAACGUCUGGUUCGACGUCAAGGGCCACUUGCUUGAGGGUGGCGAUGCCGGUGCUCGUGGUAUCUUCGAGGGUAACGUCUUCAACAACGUCCAGAACGUUGUUGCCGACUACAAGGGCAAGCUCUUCGGUUCUCCUGACGCCAGCACAAACGUGCAGUGCAGCACUGCUCUCGGCAGGUCUUGCCAGGUCAACCUCUUCCAGGGUACUACGACGACUGCUAGCACUUUGACUAGCAAGAAGGACACAAGCUUCUUUGGCGAGUUCACGGGCUUGACUAUUGCGAGUGCUAAGACUGCUUCUGAGAUUGCCUCCAGGGUCCCAAAUGCGGCUGGUAUCGGUAAGCUUUCUGCGCUUGCUGGAAGGUCCGCGUCAGUCAGGUUCAGGGAGUAAAAGCAUGCCGGUAUCGCACCUCUGCAAUCCGUAUGGCUUGUCUCUCCUUGAAUGUUGAAAAUUUCUUUGUACAUACUUCGGUAGUGGCUGUUCGUAUGAUGGGUGAGUGG